CGAAAGUGAAAGAAUAUUUGAUGCCUUAGAAGUUGUAACUGGCCGUGGCCUGUUUUCUACCCCUGUAACAGGCCAGGUGGAGACGCCAAGCAGGCCAGCUCAACUACAGUACUUCGUACUUCGUACAUACUCGGAUGCGAACAACCUGAAUCUUGAAUCUCGAAUUACUGAAUGGAACUGAAGAUAUGGAGUUGAGCCAGCACGACGGUUUCGUUCUCUCUCUCUCUCUCUCUUGGCACCUUAUGCAGACGAUCCGGACUCCGAGUAGCUUGCCGAAUUGUUAUGCCGAAACGACGCUUCAAGUUCAUGGAUUAUCCAGUAGCCCCACGAAGGUAACAGUCUCCGGUCGAGUUGUGGGCAUCGAGCACACAAAUUCUCCCCACCCCUCGUACAAGCUGAUACAGCAGGCAAUGACGAAUGAUGACAUUUCGGUGUUACAGAUAUUAGACGAAUAUGAUUUGCUCGUUUCAAGCCAGCCCCCAAGCCAGGGAGGGAGUGUUUCCGCCGGCCCUCGAGAUGUUAGCGCUGCAAUCCUGCUGCAACCCUUCGGUGUUCAUUUGGGGAGUUCUGCAAAUGUCACUGGAAAAGCCGCGUACUCGCUACCGAUACGUCUGUUCAUUCGACAACAUUUGGAAGUCCUUUGAACGGGCAACAGCUCAUGCCAUUCGUUGAUGGAUCGAACACAGCCC